AUGGAGCCUCCAAGCCCUCCGCCAGAGGUGCCAUUACCACCACCUCCGCGACCGCCGCCGAAUACAGAAGAAGCGGUGGUGCGGGUGCAGCGCUGGUAUCGUGCUCAGGCACGUCGCCGGCGCUUCAUGAUCAUCAUAAACCGUGCCCGGCGAAGGAGAAAGUAUUUGGAGGAGCGGCGCCGGGUGGCCCAACGUGUUUAUUCAACGGAGGCGGCUGUGGAAGAGAUGAAGGCUCGCUUGGCCAUGCCCUAUGGACACCGGCUCGUAGGGCGCUACUCGGAGGCACGUGAUGCUGAAGCUGCCACUCGCGUGCAGACGCUAUGGCGCUCUGUGCGUGCCAAGAAGAAGCUUGUGAAGCUCAUUGGUGAACAGCAGCAACAGGAGGCCGCUCGGCGUUUGCAGGCUUUUGCUCGCCGAAGGUGGCAACGAAGGCGACAAUCCCCUUUGGUACAGUCUGCUGUGGCGAACCCUUUCUGGAGGCCUAUUCAGGAAGACAGAGUGAAGCAACAUGAAAGUGAAGUUGUCAGGAAGAGGAAGGAGUGGAGCUCGCUCACAGGCCAUGGCCUGACUGAGUCGCAAUUGAAGCUGCAGGCAGAGGAGAAAUACACUGAAUUCCUAGAUGGUGCCGGCCGGUGGCGCUAUGAUGUCUGGCGAAGCCUCAUGGAAUGUGACCAAACUCGACGCAUGAUGGAGGUGCUUGCUCGUGCUGAAGGCAGGGGCUUCGAAUCUCCGACUUACGGAAUUUGCAGCGCCUUCCUUCUGAAGGAAGCCAAAGAAAAGCACGCCCAGCGAACCUCUAACAUGGUCCAAAGCCAAUUGAAGGGUCUUUCAAUUUGCGCCGAGUCAGCCACCGAAGAGAAGGAGGCCGACUUGCUAUUGCAUGGGCUGGAAGCGGAACUUGGGUACGACUUUUCCAUGCCCGAUGUUUGA